AAAGAAUAUCUGGCGAGCUCCUUGCUGUAUCGGGAUACACCCUAUGAAGUAUCGCAUGUGCCGAAUGUUGGGUUGGUGCUAUUGAUUGUUAAUAUAUCGUAGGCUUCGAAGAGAUGCUUUCGGCGGUGUAAGAUAAAACUGGCGUCAGCGCUGACGUUAGACACUCAUCCCUUUUAUUCGUGUUUUGUUAUAAAGGAUACUCUUUUGUGGCGCCGAAUAUUUAACAAGUUUAUAACCCAAACAAAACAUCUAUGAAUCAUCAAUCUGUACGACAAAAAGAAUGAUGGCUCCUGGCGCUCCGAUAAACGAAACUCACGGGGUUGAGUUGCCCCCGAGGUAUGAGAUUCGUCUCAUAACGCCCGACCUCAGUGACUGGAUUUCGGCCUUGACAUACUUCAAUCAUCAUUUCGAGUCGGCUAUGUGGAGCGCUAUAGACGAGGGUCAUCUAGCGAGUAUGGCUUUGAAGGCAUACCAUCUUGGCAAGUUCCUCUACGAGAUGCCCGAAAUGGCAACUAGGAAUGGCCUCUCCUAUUGUAUAUGGGACAAGGAGUUUGUUUUCAAGAGGCCCGAAUCAGCCGCCAAGGGUGGUGCGUGUUACUGGGAUGACUUUGAUCUUAACGACCCCGACCUUGAAGUAAAUGCGCAGCAGAAGUUGAGCGAUGCAUUGGAUUUCCCGAUUGUCGGCUUCGGCUUGUCCUAUGACAAGUUCGUCCCUAAAGAUCCGAAGAGGUGGGAGGCCGGAAUGAAGGCCAUCCCCCUGAUAAAGCUGCUAGGAGAGUAUUAUGAAAUACACGAUCCACGCCCUAAAGGGUCAUGGGAGCCAACAGCACCGGGGCAGGUAAUCGAGCGGGCAGGAACGGGUACAAGGGAGGAUCAUCAAGGGAAGGGACUCAUGAAGUCUCUAGCCAGAUUCAUCAUGCUUGAGAUGAAAGCCAGAGGGUUUCAAGCGAUUCAGAUCAACUGUGGAGCGCCGCAGGUCCACCGGGUGUGGUCUACCCCCCCGGAACCAUUCAGGAGUUCUACCAUAUGCGUGUUUCCCACUUGGUUUUACGAAAAGGAUGAAGACGGCAAGAAGAUGCGGCCUUUCGAGAAGUCAAAGUUGCCUAACAUGUUUCUUGUGUGGACGGAGUUGUUGGAUAAAUAGACUGUGUGAUUAAAGGGCAUAAGGGUCUGGUGAUGUUGGCAAAGUGGUGCUUCCGUUUGUGUCCCGAGAAGAUUGCUUUUGCCACGUCAUGCCGAAGUCACUAAUGAGUAAAGAGUAAAGAUCAAAAAAGGAUCUUUGUUUAAUAGUAUCUCGUGUUGACUAUAUUCGUUUCGUUCAUCUGUGAAAUCAUCCGGUCUCGUGGAGUUUAAAGAAUUUACCUAAAAAGUUACCUAAAGAAAGC